AUGUUCGGGAGAAUCGAGUUUCAGACUGAAGGCGAUAUUCGCACCAUCAAGGAGCUGAAGGAUGAGGAGGAAUCAGGGUGGGCGCCUCAACAUCUGUACGCAAAAGCUGCUUCUGACAGGAAUGCUGCCGAUGCCAAAAAGAAAUUUAAGUGCGUAACAGUCACCGGGGUCGAAUGCAAGAGUGUUGAUCCUUUCUGGAAGAAAUUGAUUGAUGAUAAAUUUCUCCAGAUGCAUGUUCGAAAGCUUCACGCAUCAAACAAUGAUGAAGUUGUUAUUUUUGGAUGCAAGUAUGUCAUACAUGAUAAUCAGCCGAACCCUAUCACUUUUGUUGGUGUUAAUUGGAUUGAUGGCCAUGUUUAUGGCUUCUCAACAGAUGAAGUUUUGACAGUUGAUGAGUAUGGAGUUCAUUCUAUGCUUCCAAUAACUACAGAUUUGAUAUGCGUGAAACCAGGUACACUAUCAAACUUCAACAUCUGGCCAGGUAAUACGUUUCCCACCUCCUCAUUUUCCUUUGUUGCCAUCAAACUCAUCGUGUUUUGA